ACAGUUAGAGACGAACAUUUCGGAAAGUGCGUGAAGUAUCCUAAAAAUGCUAAUUGCAUUAAAAAUCAAUUAAGAAAGAGACAUUGCGCAACUUAAGUGCAAGAAAAUUGAUAGAAAAUGAGUCGUCUUUCUCUUCCUUUCUCUACCGGAAUUCCGCUUCUUGUUCUUCGUCUUCGAGAAUUCAUCAGCGAACGUGCCGUGACACGUGACGCGUGACACGACAGCUCUAAGCAGGGCUAGCGCCACGUCAAUCUACUGCCGAGCCCUCCAAGGAGGACAGCUAUCGCUUCCAUCCAUCCAUCAUCUACCAACACAGCGGCUCGAAGACAUGAACCGUGAACACGGAGAAGUCCAGGAGUCCCCGAACUCCAGGCCGACGUCUUCAGGUGAUGCUCGAGUCACCUACUACGUGCUGCCGCGCAGGCGCCUCUGUUCGACUUCCAGACAGGAUGACUUUGACGUUCACCGUGCCAUCGUGUCCUGGACUUGCCAAGAGCUCCGCCGCGCACAGCCGUGGAAGGAGUUCGUGGACACCACCAAGUUUUCCCUUCCGAAGUCGUCCCAGGAGGUCACCACGCGGAUCCAGUCGAACGUGCACCGCUUCCGCUGCAACUACAGCAUCAUUUUCGUCGGCAUCCUGGCGGCCUGCGUCAUGUCCAACGUGGCACUCGUGGCGAGCAUCGUGGCGGUUGGUGCAGUGUGCGCCGUGUUCAAGCUGAACCACGACAACGAGAUUCAGGUGUGGAGCACGAGUCUGGUGCUCAACAAGAACCACAGGCUGAUUGCGGCCACAUUGGUGGCGUUGCCUCUUCUCUACGCCGCAGACAUCUCGUCCGCCGUUUUGUGGUCUUUCGGUGCCAUCACGGUCAUCGGCCUGGUCCAUGCCACUUUGUAUGCCAGGCGUGGCUCACCAAACAAGUCAGUCGCCAAAGGUGCCGCACGUUCCCGCAAAAGUUGAUAACAUGGGUCAUCCUUGAAGGACAUUGCUGUCUUUUCCGUUCUCCAAGACAUUUUUCUCGUCAUGUUUUUUUUUUUUUUUUUUUUUUUUUUUUUAUGGCCGAGUUUUCGAUGACAAGGUGCUCUCGUUCUCUAUAACUUACUUCAUUUUCUUUUACGCCGACCACGAAGUGCGACUGGUGUGGUGAAACAUUGGACAUCUCUCAUCAAAAUUUCUCGCGGUGAGCAUUGCAUAUUACACGGUUGAGACCAGGAGUUUUCAAACUAUAGCUCCACCAAAGAAUCUUAAAGAGUCGCCAGAUGCUGCCGAAGAGCUUCGUGCUGCGGGAUACCCAUUGAGAAACUUUCAUUUGCACUAUUUUUUUAUGCUUAAGUUUUUCCUUUUUUGGGACUAAGUGUGAAGGACUGCUAGAUGCUGAAAAACUGGAAUAAAACG